GCUUACACGGUUUCUGAUGCUCAGUCACAAAACUCGGUUGCAUCCAACAAGUUCGUCUUUGACCAAGUAAACGAAAUAAAUAAUAAUAAGAGCGAUUCACCAGUGCUCGACUCAGCUUCCUCUUCAAUCACCAUCUACUGUUUCAUCCUCAGCAUCGGUCAGUGCUCGUGAGUGCAAUUAUCCCUCCGAAUAAUCAUCAGAGUCCCUUAAAAUUAUUAGCCUUCACUCACCGUGAAGACUACUCGAGUUAAUUUCUCCUAGUAAUAAUAGUAAAGUUUGAAUUUAAAUUUAAAUAAAUAAAAUUCGUGCUUGAAUUUUCAUUUUUUAUAACUCAGUGUCGUGCUACAGCGUUUAAUAUCAAGAGUGGUGAUUUUUUUUUAUUUUUGUUCUAUUUGUUUUACCUCAGUAUUCGGGUAUACUAAGAAUCCGAGAUCAGGAUCCAAGUGUUUCUCCACGGGCCUUAAAAAUGUGCGUUGCAUUGCUACACCGUGACCAUUACUGCGGUCUAAAUAUUGUAAUUAAAAAAUUCAAGUAAUUAAUUAAUUGAAAUCAACACAGGACAAUGUUUAUCCGCAAAACAUAACAAGUGUACUUAUUACAUUGGAUUUUUAAUUUUUUUUUGAAGAAAUUUUUUUAAAUUUUCGGGCUAAUAAAAUAUUUUUCAUGUGAUUGUGUUGAAAGAAACUCUUACACAUGACCCACUCGGUGAUUUCGACACCGAUCAUGCACUUGGAGUAGCUGCCGCAAUUGCAAACCUGUACUUUUUAUUAUUCAUUAACUAGUAAUUGUACCUCUGCCAAAGGAUAAUCAUCAGGAUCGUCUCGUAUGACUUAUGAUGACAAUAAAAAUGCCAAAUGCAAGCGAUUCUCGGCUCGUGGGUUAACUUGGUUAGAUGGUAAGGGCAUCAAUACGAGGACAACAUGAGGGAACGUACGCCAUCGGCGGACGACACCCCUAAAAGGGCUCCGCCUGCACCGCUCAGAGAGACUUCACCAGCGGACGUUGCGGAUGGAAGAGGUACUUGCGUCGAGGCGAGUCCGAUCGGUCGUUUUUCCCUGCCGACGGCGAGCAAGAUAAUGGUCGCCUCGACGCACAAUCAUGGUGAAUUAGCUCUAAAUCAACAGCAGCAGCUUCACUACCAAGAUAAACAUCACAGUUACUACACCAUAAACAGUAACAACAGUAACUAUAGUAACAAUAUUAGUAAUAGUAAUAACAAUUCUUAUUCAAACCACAACCAUCAUCAGACUACUGUGUGUCGAAGUCAAUCAGCCCAGGACAAGCGCAGCCGGUUGUCUAACGUGAUAAACAAUUUGAAGAGGAAAGUACCUGAAUCAGCAGCCACCGGUGACUCAAAGAGCAAAACUCCUAAAGACAGCGAAGACCGCGACAGCGUCGAGAGAAAUCUCGAGACCCUAGAAAAAUACGUUAUGACUGUAUUAAAUGGAGUCAUCAAGGACGCGGAAACGGAGGGCCAGCCUGGCAGCGGCGAAAUAAACCGAGUGAUUGACACCGAAGACUCCGCGAGGUUUAAAACCCCUGCUGACACUCAAAAAGACCAGCCGAGAGAAAGAAUAAGUGCCGAUGAAGGCGGCCAAAGUGUUGUUGAGCCUGCCGUCCCAGAUGUUGAUCAGCAAGACAAAAAUGAUUUGUCUUUAUCCGGGACGAAAGAGGCGGAGAAAACUCCGACGGAGCAAAAGGAAGUUGAUGCGAUUUCGAUAAACAGCGAAGGCAAUAAAGUAUCUGCUAAAGCCAAAGAUUUAAUAGUAUCGCCUUUACCGUCUUCUUCCUCGUUGAAUUUUAGUGUAGAUGUUGCUGUUACUAAAACUAAGACUAAGACUAACACCCUGGAUGUCAUUGAGCCGGGCUCAGAUAGGCCAGAAACGAACGAGCAGCUAACAGGCGGUAAAUUUUGCAGCAAAUCAAACUUAGCACCUAGCGAGGACAUUGGGACAGUGUGUCGUGAUUUACUGAAUGAUUUGCUGAGUGACAUAGUUCAAAAUGAUUCUCCUGAUAAUCCUGCGAAAUCCGUAGGGUCGUUUGGUCUUCACUGCAGUUUGCCGCUGGAAAAAGUAGCGCCUGUUUUGAAACUAUGCGAGUCUGAGCAUACAGCUUCAUUGCAACUAUCUCCAAAGUUUUCUUCUUCUUCUUUAUCUUUAUCAUCAUCUUUUUCUUCUUCUUCAACUUCAACGCCAAAACCAACGCCGUCGUCAUCUCCAACGUCAUCAAUUUCAAAGUCCAACUCCCCCGACGUUAAAUCGCCGCCAGUGAAACAUUUGUGCCUCUACUGCAACCGUACAUUUUCAUCAAUUUCGCUUCAACAACGUCACACAGAGCGGUUUCAUCAGCUUAAAGGGGAAAGACGUAGCGAGAGAAGUGCCCGCAAGAGCGGUUCAAACUGCCUAUACUGCACCGAAAAACCUUUUAGUGUUCCUGGUGCAGAUACCUUGACGGAAUUAUUCGUCCACAUGGUUUUUCGCCAUCCAAACAAGUAUCAUGCUUGUCAUUAUUGCUGCACCAGAUAUCUGAACUCCGAAGCUUUGAAAAUUCACUUCCUUAAUGUUCAUAAGACUUCUAAAAUAAGUAAUACUGAAAUACACGAAGAGGAAUUGGAUGACCAAUUUUUUGAGAUUAUUCGUGUUAUCAUUGAUAAAUUACAGGGCAAUUCGCCUUCUCUAUCUCAACUUCAACUCCACUUUCAACUUAAACCUCAACAUCGACCUCAACUUCAACCUCAACCUCAACCUCAACCGACUACUUCCCAAUCUCAGUCUCCAUUACAGCAUCACCAAACGUUCCAUGAACCCGUCAGUCAAAUCCAGUGUCCUAUCGAUAUUUCUUUAACUGCAGCCACGCCUGUCGAUAGUAAAGAGUGCCCAGCAACCGACAAGUCUGAAAAUUCUAGCAAGUAUGCACAGAAACCCUGUAAAACUAGUUGGUUACACCCACGACGGGUAUCUUUUGAAAAGUACAAUUUCCCUCGGAAGUACGACGGAAAGGAACAGUGGAGUUAUUCGAUAAAGGACCUCAGCAAGUUCGACAUAUACACCCAGCUGACCUUAAGAAAGAAGCAGCAGAUAAUUGAGGAAAAAAGUUUGCAGAAUAGACUGUCUAAUAGUUCUUCUCUAGAUAGGCAGACUGAUUUGAAGGAGAAGCCGAUGAUUGAGUCCACCGAUCUGGAUAAGGCGACGCGCUUCGCUGAAGAUAAACCAGUAUCAGUAUCUGAUGCAUCAACUAUUGAUACUCGUCCGGAUACUGGAUCAGUUACUGGAAGUGAUUUGCAUUCGGUUGCUAACGAUACGGGUAAUAAAAAAUCAAAUUCAGAUGCUACUGAGUUUUCUCAUGAAUUCAGUAGUUUUAUGAAGUUGAAGCGGUGGGACAAGUGUCCAGCUCCAGAGCCGGCCAAGAAAGAUGAAAUAGUGUAUGCAGAGCUCACGGGUGAAUGGUCAAAACCAAGGGUUUAUGUAUGCGGGGCUUGCUUUUCAAGGUACUUGACUUUAAAGGAGAUAGAAGAGCACAAAAUCCUCGCCCAUCCUCAUGUCUGGUGCUCCCACUUCGAGUUUUCUGGGGACCAGCGCGAGCUUUACAAGCAUUUGUUCUUACCUGGGCACAAUCUUUCUAAUCUGUCGAUUCCUUCUUUGAAGGCCAAAGGAGCCGAGGAAAAAGUUUGCACCAAGUGCUCGAAACUCUGCUCAACUAUUGCAGAGCUUCAUAGACAUAUGCUGGAGUGCGGAGGGGACCAGUCCUGGUUGUCAGGGCUUUUUGGAAACGGAAGGAAAAAAGGCAAGUGGCGGCCCUUCGGAAGUAGAAGCCGGAGGCGAAGACAACGGGGGAUGAAGAGAAAUAUACAGAAUUCCCAGACGACGAGGGUCAAUCAGCCCAGGGAAAAACAGCCCAGCGGACCGCGAGUUCGUCCGAGUGAUCAUGAGAGUAUCCAGAAAAUGUUGGCAAAUUUGCCUCCCAAGCGAUCAACCCGCAGAGACGUACAGGAAACAGCCGAAGGACCACGAAAAGUACAGACAAGAUCGAAGCUAUCAGCUGAAUCAUCACGUUUAUCGAGCAAGACAAUGUUGCGAAACAAAUUGCUGAAGAACGCCAAAUUAUUUCAACGCAAGCGUUGUCGCGGUGAUAAUAUUACCGCGGCGAUAGAGAGUGUUAUAAGUAAUUACAAGCCGACAGAUGCUGUAACCAAUCACCUUGAUAGUAAUAGUGAUAAUCAUAACAAAAAGUAUGAUAAUGACGGCGUGAAUGGUAGCAGCAGGUCCAGCGUUACGGGAUCUAAAGAAUUAAAAGAUACGGAAAAGUUGGAAAGUUCAACAGAGUAUCGUCGUACAUCCGUGGCUGGUAAAGUCGGCAAGAAUUCCAAAUUAAAUAAUCGAUCGACCCAACGAGUAAGAGUCGUCAGCAAAAAGAAUAACGUUAAAAUGAAUUCGAGGCGCACAAAUUCGAGUAGUUUUAAAUCAACCGUCGCCUCGACAAAUAUCAACAAGCAACAGCAGCAAGUACAGACGGCUAAUCAAACAAAUAAGAUUAAAGGUACAUUAAAAAAAUCCAAUGUUAAAACUACUGGCAAGUCUUUGUUGACUCUUAAAAAUAGCAACAUCAGAUUACGCAAGCGAAAAACUGAAACCGCUGAAAAUUCAACUCCGUCAUCCGCAUCGAUUAAAGCCAAAUCCCAGGUACGAAAUUCGGAUGGUAAAUUUACUCGUACUUCUUCCCAAGGUGCAUCAUCUCGGGGAUCCUUUAGUGCAGAAGUUACUUCGGAAAGUGCCGAUCGGGUGAAGCCCAACGACUCCAGUUCAUCUCUUGUUACUCGAUCACGAGUAAAAACUAUUGCCGAUAACAGUAACAAACAACAGGCAGCUUCUACCGGCAAUGAAGAGGUGGGAAAAAGAGUUACAAGAUUGUCUUCCGACGACAAAAUGCCUACGCUGGAAGCCGACGGACUGACGACUGUCGCUGCUACAGAAGUUCCUGAAAAAUCGGCUGAUCUUCCAAUUUUAUCUCCGAUAACCGAGUCGACUGGUCAGCGCAAUCCACGUGCUAAAAAGCUCGGCUUUAGGUCGAAAAAUAGUAAAAGUGGAUUGCGGGGUAAAGUUAAGGCUAAUGCUAAUGGUAACGCUAAGUCGAGGGGGAGGCAAAAACGAGUGGUCGUCGAAAAAUUGAAUAAAAGUGUAGAUAGUAGUGAAAACAGUAGUCUCAGUAGUAAUAAUGAUGAUAAUAAUAUCAGUAAUAAUGAUAAUGUCAAUGUUAAUGAUAGUAAUAGUAAUAAUAGUAACAGUAAUGAUAAUAGUAGUGAUAAAGUUGAAUUGGUAGGAGAAGAAAAAGAGGAGGUGAGUUUGAAACAAGGUCGGGAUCGUCGAGUGAGAAAAGGGAAGUCUCUUUCACCGAGAGUUUCCUCAGAUGUUAUUGAGGACAAAGAUGUGCUUCUAAAGAAACCGGGUGGUAGUUCUUUGGAAGAAACCAAGUUGACUGUAGACAACUCGGCUGACGUUAAAAAGAACUCAAAGAGUCCCGAUAAAAAAACUAAUGUAAACAGAGUUGAGUCGCGUAAAGCGCGACAGGAACGUCGGGCGGGAUCAUUAGAAGAGCUUUCUAAUUUGCAGGAAGUUCCGCUGGAAGUUAAAAAACUUCUUGGUCCAACAGACGAUCUUUUUAGUCAGAUUGGUAUCGCUUCGCAGCCGGUUAAAGUUUUGACAGGUCGCGGUCGUGGUCGUGGUCGCGGUCGCGGUCGCGGUAAUCGUCGCCGUGGCCUUCAUCGUUUUAACGUGACUCAGAUUAGCAGCCGAGUAAUAACUCGUCAGAAUAAAAAUGAAGAAAGUAGCAAAAAUUGUGAGGAGCUAGUAAAUUUACCUAGCGAAGAUUUAACUGAUAACAAGAGCGCAACUAAAAAAGCUACGCCAAGUGAAAAGAAGAGUUGCGGUCAAGUAGAUAACAAUAGGAUAAAUUCUUCAGAAGAUACAAAUGAUAAAGUAGACGUUGAUGAUGAUAAUGACAAUGAUAAGCCGGCAGAAACGAUUGCGGUUACGAUUACUAAUAAUGAGGACAACUUACCAAAAAUAGAAUCGGCAAUUGGAAGAAGCUUAAGACCAAGAAAAUCGUCAAUUGAGGUAGAGUUAAGUUCAAUUAAAGCAUUUGAGUCAACCACAGUCGGUUCACCGAUGACAAUAGUCCCGGAGAAGAGAGUUAAUAAUAGCGACAAGGAGCCAGACAAUGAAGAUGAAGUAGGAGUAGCGGAACAACAUGAAGGAGAACGAGAACGCGAACGGGAAAAAGAUGAAAAAUUUUCAGAGGAGGUUGGUAGUACUGCUGAUGAUAGUAAGAACGAGGAUGACUAUGAUGAAGACUACGAAGACAAUGAGCCUGAAGAGAGGAAGAAACUUGUGACGGCUGAUUUAGUGAGUCUAAGUUUCGAGCACCUUCAGCAAGAGUCGAGCAACUCCAACAUUGACAGUGGGAAAGAAAAUUCCUCGGAGACGGCUGUCAACGUUUCAAAGCCAAGAGUAUCAAGGCCUAAAAAAUCACGGGGCUUAAAACGUGAUCGCAUUGUCAAACGCACGUUAAAUAAUGUGAUUGGAAUUCUCACUGAAGGCGUUAAUAUUCCAGUUGAAGUUCAGCAGAGUGUUGUACUUACUGUGCAAACCUCCGUCGAUAAUAAUAUUAAUUUGAAUAAUAAUACCGGUAAUAACAAUAAUAACAGUGCUAAUACCAUUGGAAAUAACAAUUCAAACCCUGUCGCUAAUAGUAGUUCUAAUAGCAGCAAUAGUGCGCUGACUAUUCAAAAUAAUCGAACAGAAUUAGGUGAUGAUAAUAUUAAUCCUCCAGAUAAUGCUAAUGGCGUAGUGUCUAAUAGUACUGCUAAUGAAAGUAUCAUCGAUGAAGCCCGUGAUAUGAUUGAAUGCUCAGCUAAUGAUGGCAAGGAUGAAACAGCGAGCCAAGAAAUCCAACGGCACAUUAGUAGCUCUGAUAACAAUACGGUUUUGAAAGCCGAAAACCUAAUUCCAAAAUCCAGUACAGCGACAGUAUCGACCACUGUUAAUGUUGAGCCGACGAAUGAUAUUAUUUUGGAUCUAUCAAGACGCAAGCCCAAGGGCAAGGGUUCUUUUUUGGAGAAAAUAGUUUCCAAGAUAGCGAAGAAAAAAGACGCAUUGCUCGAGGGCGAAGUUGGUUCAUUGCUCGAUCAUGCGGCUGAUGAGCUUAGUAUUAUUUUAGAUGAAGUUGGCCCUACUUUUGAGGCUAAUGAUCCGAAAACUAGUGCCACAACUUCAACUAUAAAUACAAAUUCAACUAAUACCACAACUACGGCUACUAGUUUAACCACGGAAAGUACUUCAAGCACGAGUACGUCAGUUAAAUUGGAAGUUGAAAAAAGUGAUAAAGAGGGAGAAGAAAAAUGCUUACGUGUUACAUCUGAGGGUGAUAAAAGUUUAAUUGAUACGGAGGCUGGUAAUGAACAAAUUAAAUUUAUGGAAAAGGAGCCGAAGAAUAAGAAGCAGGAAGAAGACGAGUCACCGGUGAUACUGGAGGUAGGGAAGCAGAAGACGGAAGAUAGUUUAAUUAUUCGUGAAACUUUACCUCAAGAAUCUCUGAAUGGCACUGUUUUAGAAUCAAUUACGAGUAAUGAUACACUGAGUAGCGAUACUUUAAAGUCAGAUCAGGUGGUAAUUGGUAAUUCCAAACGUAAUAAAAAAAAGCGCUCACUGGAGAUUGCUGAAACUAAAAACAAACGCAAGUCGGUGGAAGAAGACGAAAUUGAGUGCAACCGUAUCGAAGAAGAUUUGUGCUUGGCAGAUAUUAUGAAGUUAAUAAAUAAUGCUAAGCGUGAAUCUCCUUGUGAGGUCCCCAAUGAAAUUGAUGAAGAAAUACGCCCUGGUAAGAGAAAAAGUAUCGAUUAUAAAAUAAAGGGUAACGAUAAUGACGAACGGCAGGGAAAAGUUUCGAGUAAGGGAGAUGAAAGUUCAGAAAAAAGUGAGCUUAUUAAUGCUAACAAAAAGACUAAGCUCUGUGAUGAAGAGAAGGAUGCCAAAAUAAUGGGUGAUGGUGAGAAUAUUAAAGCGGGUUGUGAUAUAAAUAAUUUACAAGUUCAACAGCUAGAGAAGGUAGAGGAUAAAAUUAUUAUUGACAGUCCUAAAGUUUGUGAUUCAACGGUAAAGUCAAGUCCCAAACGUAAAACUAAGUCCAAAGAUUUUAUUAGCGAUAAUAAAUUUAAUUGUGAACAAGUUGCAUUUAAAGACUCUGUACAUAAAUUAAGUGACACGUCGAUUACUGAAACUACUUGUACUUCUACUUCAUCUUCUACUUCUAAUUCUUCCUCGGCUUCUAUAUCUACUGAUAUAAAUAAUUCAGAUAAAGUUGAAAGUUCAACCGAUAUUUCAUCAAGAAUUGAUGAGACUAUCUUAUACGUUAGCAAAGCGGAAGAUAUUAAAAUAGAUGUGACCCCAGUAGCCGUUAAAUCGAAAAAAAAACGUGGCAGAAAAAAGUCAUUAACGAAAGAACACUUGCAGUUACCCGAAGAUCAAUCUACUGAAGAUAUUAAUACCUCUGUUUUUGAGCAGUCAAGCCAAGCAGAAUCUUCAGUUUCAGAAGAGUCUUUUAAAAUUCCUGAAGAAAUUUCACAAACCAAAACUCGCUCAAAAAAGAAAUUACUUAAUGAGUCAUCAGAAGAUAAAACAGUCACUGCAAAUUCGCGUAAAAAGUCCAAAGAACGCCGUGAAGAGCCUGGAUCUGAAGGAAAUCAGGAAAAAUUGACUCCCGAACCGCGACCACGGGGCCGAAGACCCAGAAGGAAACCCAGUGACGCUGAUGUUACGUUCCAAAUUACCCCGGCAAAAGAUUCUAAGCCGAAUGAUGAGCCUGAGAAUGCAAAUGAUACUCUUAUUGAACGACGCAAGACUCUGAAAAGAAAAGCGAAAGAAAAUGUAUUCUUGAUCGAAGAUUUGCUUGAUUUUGGUGACGAUCUAGACAGUGACUCUGAGUCUGUAGUUAGGAUUAAAGAUAAAACUCCUGAGAAUGAAAGUAAUUUGGAGGUCAGUAAGGCGUCGGAUAAAGUUGAAGUUGGGGAAGAAAACAAUUCAGAAGAAGUUGUUGGUAAGACUGAUGCUGAAAUUGUGCCUCAGCCUGAAGACAAUCAGAUUCCAAAAGCAGAAGUGGAGGCGAAUAGCGGUGAGGAAAAGGCGACUGUUGAAAAUCAAGUUGAGGAUAGUUUGAAUCCAAAGAAACGUAUCACGGGUAAUUUCGCAGUGGUUCAUACCAAAUCUGGAGAAAUUCUUAUUGUGGAGAAGAAGAAAAAAUUCACAAAAGAAGCUGCUAGAUUUUUCUGCGACAUUUGUGCAACUAGCUUCACGCGAAAGAGCUCUUUGAAGAAACAUAAUCUUUCGCAGUCGCAUUUGAUACAAGUAAGCAAAAUUGGAGGCAUUGAUCAAGACAAUAGUGUUAAUCAACAGCCAGAGGAAUCGAUGUCUCAUGACGACGCUACAGUCUCUUCUAUCGAUCGUAGCGAAAUACUAGCUGCGAGUUGUGAAGCUCCGGCUUUGAUUUCUACUCAAAGUUCGGCUGCGCAGGAAACUAAAGAUAAGGAUAAAGAAGCGGAAAAAAUAUGUAAUACCGAUGGGGUGCAAAAGGGUGAUAAACUUGAGGAAUCGUUCCCCAAAAAGUCGAUACCUUUGGGUGAAGCUAAAAAGGAUUUGGCCGAAAGUAAUAUUCAAGAUACCGGUGAAGUGAAUCCUCAAUUACAAACGACAGAUCCCGAGGACGAGCUGCUGGAUGAAGAGAUUUCAAAAAUAACUGAAAACAUGACUCACGAUGAGUACGUACUGACAGAUCAAAUAAGUCCACUGCCAGAUGGGACUUCAACGCCUUUGAAACAGCCCGGAGACUCGCUCUCAGAUGUCCAGCGAAAAAUAAAUCUCGCGGAUGAGCAUUUGGAUUUAGAUUCCCCGCCUCUUGCUGAUAAAAUAAAAAAUCAGAAACAGUCAGCUGGUUUGAAUUCCGUGUUUAAUAAUGUAAUUAAUAAUUUAACAGAUAAACAGUCGUUUAAUAAUAAAUUUGAGGACAAUAAGGUUGAGUGUAAUUUAAUUACAGAACAAAAUAAUAGCAAUGAAUUAUUAAGUAAAGUUAAUUUAUUGUCUUCAACUGUACUGACAUCCUCUCAGUUGUUAAUGAGCGACUCGAAAAUAAGCUUAGACUUUUCAAAUAUCACCGAGAAAUUAAAGAGCAAUGAGUUUAUUAAAAAUAAUAAAAAUUCAACACUGAUUGAAUUCGAUAGUGACGAAGAUUCACGUAAAAGUGUAUCACGUGAUAUACAAAAAUUAUUGAACGCGGAACAAUCAAAUUUUGAUGGUGAGGACGAGGACAAUCAAGUUGAUAAAAAUUUAUCUCGAGAUACUUCAAAUAAAAGUGAGGACGUGACUGAAAAGUGGAAGAGGGUGGAAAAUAAAGAAGAAAUCUAUAAGGAAGAGGAAAAGGAAAAGGAGUUGGAAAUUGAAAUAAGUAAAAAUAUUGUUGAUGAUACUGUUAAAGAUAUCAGUUUGGAUUUGAAUAUUAAACUGUCAAAAUCCCGGACGAAGAAAAGUCGAAGCAAUAAAAAAAAGAAAUUCACAGAAGGCAGCAAUAACAGUAGCAGUGGUAGCGAGUAUGACACCGAUAAAAAAGAUAUUGCAGGACAAAAUAAAAGUAAAAUAGUAAAAAGUGUCUUCGGCAGGGCGUUUACUGCCAGUGAGAAGGCCGACAAAGUUAAAGAAGUUCUUGAUGACUGGGUUUCCAAGUCAGACAGCGACUCCCACGAUGACCAGAGCAACUGGCGCAACUGGAAGUCUGAUAGUAAGAAAAGUCGGACAGAUAAAUCUGUCGGAAAGAUUAAAAAUGGGCCGAGUAAAAAGAUUGAUCCGUCGGUUCCGGUGGCUGUUGCCGGGUUGGAAGGCAAAUCCACGUCGUCAUUAGCCUCUGAUCUUCCCCAGAAUGAGUUUUCGAAUUCUAGGUGUCGGCAGAGCAAGAAACGAGCUGAAGAACGGAUUUCCAGGGCGUUCGAGGAAGAAUCAAUACCUUAUGAAUUGGCGUAUGAAAUUAGCAAGCAGGCCAAUAAUUCCUGCAAAACUUUAAAAGACAAAGAAAGGGAGAAAGAUAAUAAAGAUUGUAAAAAUGUUUAUGACUUUGUUGACGAUUCAAUAAAGUCUCCCGAUAAAUUAAAUCUGAAACUAAAUUUAAAUCUAAAUAUUAAUAAUAAGAGUAAAGACGAGUUGUUUACAAAUAAAUUAUUAAAUGUCGAUAAAGUUGGUGAUAAAAGUGAUGAUUUAACGUUGAUAAAUAAUGAAGGUGGCUUAAAGGAUUUAAAUAAUGACAAUAUUAUAAAUAAACCCAAUGAAUUUUUAUUCCACGAUACUAAUUCAUUGGAAUCGAUUCAUACGCGAGUACCGAGUUGCCCGCGCGAGCGUUCUUCCACCCCAGAUAUGGUGUCACUUACAACACGUGACUCGGAAAAUGAUAUUGAUGCCCCUACUGAUAAUGAUAAUGAUAAUGAUAAUAAUGACAAUGAUGAUGAUAAUAACGAAGAAGAAGAAGAAGAAGAAAAUAUUGUCUGUGGCCGUCUGUCACCUUCUUACGCAAGUAAUUUGCCCGAUAGCUCGCGAGACAGCGCAACAACAAAUAGCAAUGAUGAUAAAAGUGUUAAAGACAAUGAAGAUGAAGAUAACGACAAUUACAAUGAUAAUGAUAAUGAAAACGAUGAUGAGGAAAGUAUUAAAAUAAACAGACGGUGCUCGAGCGAGUUUUCUGGGGAGAAAAUAAUAAUUCGGUCAACCUCCAAUGAGGAAAGUAGAUCGGGUGUGGUCACUAUUGCACCAACCGACGCUAUUGAAGACAACGCGCUGGAUGUUCCACCUCUGGAGACUCAGGAACUCGGUGAAAAAUCCUCCAGAGAGGGAAAAGUCCUGAAUUUUGAUGAAGAAUUAUUUGUCGAAUGCUGCUCGAGAUUGAAAGCCACCACGGAAAAUGAGCUGAGAGGCGCCAAAAAAAUUAAAUUAGACCACACGGAUAAUUAUGGCAAGGAUGAACACCGGGAUAGCAGAAACCGCGCGCCUUGGAAAGAUAUUGAAAGCCAGAAUAGUCUGGGUAGUCUUCUCGAGUCUGUUAACCAGUUACUUGGUGAGGAGAUGUACAAUAAUCGCACAAACGAUUAUCAAAAGCGUAGCAGAAGUUUGCGCAGCAGCGAAAGACUCAGCCCAGUCUCAGAAGUUCAAACAGACUUUAUACGACCGGAAAAUCUCAGUUAUGAAGACAGCUUGGACGUUGCUUUUGAGCACAACAACAAACUGAGGGAUAAAAUACAGCAGCGAAUGCGGGAAAGUGAAAACUUAAUUGCCACUACUUUUGCUCACAAAAACGAUUCUAGUUAUAAUAGUAAUGAUGAUCGUCGACAUCACCAUCAUCACCACCACCGCAAUCAUCACCAUCGACACAAUCAUCAUCGAAAAGACAAAAGUUACGACAAUUCCAAUAACUCUGAGUCUUUUAUUGGCGGAAACGAUAAUAGUAACGCUAAAUCCAUCAUCGGAGAAUCUUUGGCUAUUAAAAAUAAAAUCGAAUCUAAUUUUAAUGGCUUAUUGGACAAAGCUUUUCAUAAUGGUUCGACUCCGAUGAACGUAUUGGCAGAAUUAGCAUGCGCACAAGUACCAACAUCAACAAUAUCAGAUGUUAAAGUAAACCGAGAGAAAUUAUCCAAGAUAAAAAGUUUAUCGCCGUCAAAUGAUAACGAUUGGACAACUUUACAAAGUAAUGAUAAACUUGGAAAAGAUCAUUUAAAGAAAACUCAAAGGAGCACAAUUAAAGAACUUUUUGAACGGAAAAAUGAACUUAAUGAAAAGAAGCAUCAUCAUCAUCAUCACCAUCACCAUCACCAUCAUCAAGAAAAAUCGAGUCAUUCUAAUUUACAAGCCAACUCGUUUGGACUUAAACAGCAUAAUAAAACCAGAAAGAUAAAACGUCUAGAGGACGACUAUCAUCCAUUAAUUCGAAAAAGUCCCUUUGGUAUCGGGAUGCAAGAGCGCAAGAAACGACGCGGAGAUAAAAAACGUGGUGAUGUACAGAACAAAGUUAAAGACAUUUAUGAGUUUGACGACGAGGAAAGUCAAACUGAGUCAAGUUUUAAUUCAACUUUACCGCUUUACAGAAAUAGAACUGAGAAAGAAAAACAUCAAGAAAUAAAUUUCGUUAAAACUAAAGAGAUUAACAUCGGAGAUCUGGUGUCCAAGACCGUCACCAAAUCACUGGACACUGACAAGCCAUCUAGUUUCGAUGAAUUACUCGAUAAUAUGGUUAACAUAAAGGAAAACAAGUUUAAAGAAAUAGAGUCGUCUAUUCCCAAAACAAAGGGUGCUUUGAAAUCGUUUAAUCUCGAAGAAAAACAACAGCAGAAGCAACAGCAAUCUGUCACCGGGCCUAUGGACAACUUCGUGGAACGUAAGCGAUCAAAACGAACAAGUGAGUCAACAGCGAAGCACAAGUCAAAAAAACGAAGUAAAAAUUCAAAGAAACGAUCACGUAAUGCCUGGUAUGAGGAUGACAGCUCUGAUGAAUUCGUGACCGCGAUAAAAACUGCCGAUAUUGGGGUUGGAAUAUCUAAAAGCCAAAGAACGUGCUCUAAAGGCAAGCAAAAUUUGUUCGCCGAGAUGUCUACUUCCUCAGACAGUGAGUUCGAAGGCAAAGAUGCCCUCAAAACUCUGUUCCAAAAUGAGCUGCCAGAUGGACGAGCUUCUCCCAAGCCUGACGAGGAGUUUAACAAGUCUAAUGAAGAAGCUGAGAGUGAUUGGAUUAAUGCCGGAAACUCGCCGGCAGAGAGCAGACAUGAGUUUGAUAGCAAAAAGAAUGUUUCCGAGUCAGAUAUGUCCGAUCGCCCGCUGAUUAUCGAUGAACGGAAGGAAAGCGAACACGAUGAUAUCAGUGUUAAUGGCAAUGAUGUUGAUGAGGUUAAUAUACAUAAUCGUAAUGACAAUGCUGAUGAUGAUGGUGAUGAAACAGACAAUCGGUCAGAGCCAGCUUUUGAAUUAGAUGAUUUGUACCGUGAAGAUAGUUCCGUUAUCGCUUCUGAUUCAGAUGAUAAUGACAAUGACAACAAAGAUGAUAAAAAUUGUGACAUUGAAAAAAAUGAUUUUGAUGAUGAUAAUGAUAAAGAAAAAGAUGAAUUGAUUCCGUUAGAAACAGCUCUUGACUUAUUAGACAGCGAUAAUGUUGAAAAAAUUUUCAAUGAAUCUAUUGUACGGUCAAGAUCUAGAUCAGUUUCUCCAGAUGAUAAAGUAAAUGAUGAAGAAAUAGAAAGCAAAUUAUCCAAUAUCAAUGAUGAGUGUAAUAUUGAUAAUGAAAAUGAUCACGUUAAGAAUGAUGAUGAUCAUGAUGAUGAUGAUGAUGAUGAUGAUGAUGAUGACGAUGAUGAAGAUGAUGAAGAUGAUAAUGAUGUCGGAGAUGAUUUACCAGAAAAAUUAAGAACUAAUGAAAAGCCAGCAGAAAAAGCGUCGGACAAUUUACCGCUGCACGUGUUUCUAAGCAGAAAAGUCCAGGAAUCAAAGAAACGCAAGGAAGAACAGUUAAAAAGAUUAAAAAAGCAAGAAGAAGAGGAGAAUGAGAAUGAGAAUGAGGAGAAUGAGCGUGGGGGCUUGCCGAUCAAUAUGGAAUUCCAAUCAACGCGGAGACAAAGAAAGUGUGCUAUUGGUAAACAAGGUUUGUUGGCUGAAAUAAGUAGCUCUGACGAAGAAUACUAUUUCAAGGAGGCGGGGAAGCGCGGUACCGGUGAUAAAAUAGAUAACACCGGGUGCGAUAAAUCCAGGCGACAGAAGCGCGAAUCCAAGGAGAAGAAAAAGGAGCGGUACAUUGAGAAGAAACAUGAGCAGAUGAUUGCCAAAGAACAGAAAGCUAUUGAGGAGGAAAUUUUACGUGAGCUUGAAUUAAAACGAGACGCUAAUAAUAAGGAGGUGGAUAUUGAUAAUGGUAAUGGUGAUGUCGAUGUUGACGCUAGUGGCAAUAAUGGUAAGGACAGUGGGAAGAAAAACUCAGCUAAAGAGGUUGUUAGUGAGAGUGAGAGUACCAAGAAGAAGCAUCGGGCGAGCAAAAAGAAUUCUGGUGAUUUAAAAGUUAGUAAAGAUAAAUUCAAUAGUGAUACUGAAAAUAAAUGUGAGAAGACUAUUGAUAAGAAAAAUAAAAGUAAUUUUAGUGCUGGUAAAAAAGAAUCGAUUAGUAAAACUUCUUCUAAUUCAAAUUCAAAUUCAUCUUCCAUUAAUGUAAACAGUAAUAAUAUUAAUAAUAGUAAUAGUAAUGUUAAUAAUGGCAGAAAAUCAGCGGUUAGAACAAACAAAAAAUCAGGUAAUAAGAAAACUACUAAAACUCACGAUUCUUCGCGGACCAACGGCAGUGAAACCGACGACGAAGAACUAAGAACAACCAAGUCGUGGAACAAAGUUGAGGAAGGGGUAGGUGUCGCUAUUGGUAGGAGAAAAAGGGCUGCUGCAAAUCAAUUGUACUACUGGUCCAGCUCCAGCGACGAUGAUGAAGAGUUUAUCCAGCCCUCGCAAACCGUCGAGGAAGAAGACGACCGGCAGGAACAGCACGGUUGGAUUGUGGGAGAUUCUCACAAGAAAAUGAUAACUAUGCUGGCUAUGGAGAAGAAGCUUAAAGAAAAACGACGUAGGAGCGAGGACGACUGCAAUGGAAAAAAAAAAACUAAGAAGCACAGAAACAGCACGUCUUGAUACGUGUUUCAUGAUUAAUUUAAAAGUUAAUUUACAUUUUUAUUCGGUAGCUGGUCGGUGUAUUUUAUUAAAUCCGUAGAUUAGUACUGAUUAAUCAUUUCGAUUAUGUACAGCGAUUUAUUAUUGAUUAACGAUUAAUAAAUAAUGAUUAAUAAUGUAAUUAGGAUAAAUUUGAGACUGGUUAUUAAAAAUAUUCAGCAAGUAUAAUCUUACAGUAAACUGCCAGGGAACGCUUAUAUAACUUUAAAUAAAUAAAGAAACAAUUGUAUACUCAUGACCGAGAUUCGCUCGCGCUUAAUGUCGGGAUUUUUGUCGAAAAAUAAUUUUUUAUUCAAUUGUUUCCUUGCGUUUUAAUAAUAGUAAUUAAUAAUUAUAACAAAUUUAUGAUAAUUGUAAGCUUGAGCUAAUUGAUAAGUUUAUAAUUGUAUUAGUUAAUAAGUAGCAUGAGUGUAUGAAUUAUUAAUUAUAAACAUUGUUUGAAAAUUAAUAGUUGAUAAUGAAAAUUUAUUAUUAGACACUAUCAAUAACUUAAUUAUUAUGAUUUUCGAUUUAAUUAUAGAGUAGUUAUUUAAAUUAUUUUAAUGGACAAUUCAUACAAAUAUAAGUGGGUCCAAUUAGUAUUUUGUUAUUGAUUUAUUUUGUGAUUUAAAUUAACGGAGAAUGUUCAUUUUUUUAAAUUAAUACAGUGAAUUAAAAUUAGUGUUACGGUUGGAUAUUUAAUUGAUAAUAAAAAUUCGCUUGAGUAUCAAAUUGUUUAAGAUUUUUUUUUUUUUUUGUAUGAUUUAGGAUCUCAUUGUAGUAAUUUUUGUAAUUGAUAAGAUAGCUUAUUAUUAUUAAAAGCUUAUGAUAAAUCUCGACGAAAGUCAUACUUUUUUUUUCUGUAAAGUUACAAUUCAAUUAUUUAUUAAAAUAUAAAUUAAAAAAAUGCACUUAUAAAUAAAUAAAUAUAUGAAGAUAAAUAUAUAAUUAACAAAAAAUGUUGAUGUAGAAGAUUAAUUUAUCACGGGUACGUGUUUAAAUAAAAUUCUAUUGUAAAUUUACUGCCAUAAUCACAUUUACGUCGAGAGCCUACAAAAGUUAUUAAUAUAAUAUGAUCAUUAUUAUUAUAUUAAUAUCAAUGAUAAUGAUAAUAAUAAUGAAUGUAAAAAUAAGUAAGUUGAAUAAAACCUUAAAAAUAAGUAGACAAUACAUUGAUACCACAAUGGUUGAAUUUAUGAUUAUUUGUCUGUAAAGUUGAAAAAGGUUGGCACAAAAUAUUAUUAAUAACAAUAAUAAUUAAUAAGUAUAAACAGAACAUUCAAUGUAAAUAUAAUGUAUUUUGAAUGUAUCAGGAAAAAGUAUGUUUUGUAAUAUAAGCAUUGUGAAAAAAAAAAUAAAUAUUAAUA